UUAUUCACACACAGAUCGUGCUGCUUUAUAACUCGGUGUUUGACAGAAGAGAGGUAAAGAUGAUGUCUUUUAGAUUUCCCUUCACGGCUGACAAGACUGUGAAGAACAGGGCACUGAUCGUGUCUGUGGAGAACUUCUAUUCAGAUGCAGAUCUGAAGAAGAGGAACGGGGUGAAGAGAGACACUAGAAGACUUCACAAGAUCCUCAGCAAGCUCGGCUUCUCUGUGGACAUCAGAAUGGACCUUGAAGCACAUGAGAUUUAUGAAGCAUUUAAAGCAGAGAGCGAGAAGACGGUCAAAGACUGUUUUGUGGGCAUCAUAUCCAGUCACGGUGAGGAGGGAGUUGUGUUUGGCGCUGAUGGACGUGCUGUGAAACUAGCAGAGAUCUACAGCUACUUUGAAAGCCCUGCAAUGGCAGACAAGAGCAAACUCUUCCUCAUUCAGGCUUGUCGAGGGCAUGGUUUGGAUGGAGGUGUGGAGGUGGAGACAGAUUCUUCAUUCUCUGAGGAAGAGGACAAAAACAAAAACGCUUGUCGAGGGCAUGGUUUGGAUGGAGGUGUGGAGGUGGACGGCAUGUUUGAGCUCUUUUCCAUCCCUAUUGACACAGCAGUCAUGUACGCCACAUCUCCAGGGUACGGUGCAUUCAUGCAUCCUCUGGGCUCGGCGUUGAUUCAAACCCUCUGUGAUUUGCUAGAAAAGGAGGGAGGUCCAGAUCUGGAGAUCACGAGACUUCUGACACAACUGAACUAUCAGGUGGCCUACAACUUUGAAUCCAGAGGGAAACUGCUGGGAGGAAAAAAGCAGAUGCCAUGUUUUGUGACCCGCUUCACCAGAGAGGUUUUCCCAUUCAUGGACAGUCAGACGGCAGAAGAAGAUUUGAGCUUGACCUUUGCAGCAAUGCAGCUUGUCGAUGAACCCAGGAGGUCACGGAAGAGCUCCAUCGGCUGAAGAUCGCAGAACAGAGACUGACGGCAAAGAACAUGUAGACAAACUGAUUCACCUUAACUCUUCUAUAACAUCUCUCAAAGUAUUUCACAGGAGACUGAUAAUGAAUCAAGGACUUCCUGUCACAAGACGUUUCAUGUCCAGCAGGAAGUGAGCUGCUGGGAAAGUUGCAUGAUGUUAUGUGCUUUCUUAUCGUUCCAUUUAAGUUUUUUUUUUCUGCCAUUGCUACCUCAUUAUAUAUUCUACUUCUUCUUUAUAUACACUACACUGUUCAAAAGUUUUAGGUCAUUAAAUGUUUUUAUGCUUUUUAAAGAA